AUGCAAGGCAUCAACCGCUACGUGCCGGCAGAACUCGAGGGAACAACUACUGGUAAUGCGCUUCAUAAGCGGAGGGCCCCAGGCACACCCCGUAAUGGCGUGCAGACAGUGCGCUUUGAGCUUCCCUACGCCGUCUGGUGUCACACAUGCUCCCCACAUGCCAUAAUCGGCCAGGGCGUACGGUUUAAUGCCGAAAAGAAGAAGUGUGGCUACUAUCUUUCGACUCCAAUAUGGAGCUUCUCGCUCAAGCACAAUGCAUGUGGAGGGCGAAUAGAAAUCAGGACUGACCCAAAGAACACGGCGUAUGUGGUCAUCGAAGGCGGCAAGGCACGGGACUAUGGCGAGGAUAAGGUACGAGAAGGAGAGGGAGGCUUGCCGAUCCUAUCCGCAGAGGAGCGAGAGCAGCGGCGAGAGGAUGCAUUUGCUCAGCUGGAGGGGAAAGCGCAGGAGAAGGCACAGGUGAAGGACAACACGAAGCGCAUUGAAGAACUAUACGAGGCGAGAGGGAGAGAUUGGGACGAUCCUUGGACAGCGAAUAAGAGGAUGCGGCAGUCCUUCCGGCAGGAGCGAAAAGUCUUGAAGCGCGAAGCAGACGCAGAUCAGGCGCUUCAAAGCCGCAUUGGCACGGAUAUUCCCCUGCUCCCGGAGAAUGAGGAGGAUCGUUUGAGAGCCAAGCUGGUUGCUUUCCAAGGAGAUAGCGAGUCCCAUCGAAACUCGGGCACACAGGCUGUGUUUCGCACCCCCCGACCGAAAGCGUCUGGCUCCAAACCAAUCAAGCCCGCCAAAGAUGACAGGAAAGAGGCUCUACGGCGGCAGAUCAUUGCAAACACCAGAGCAGCACUAAACCCAUUCUGA